UUUGAUUCUUACAAAGUGCUUUUCAUCUCCAAAGCUUUAUAUCUAAGAUUGCACCAGAUUCUGCCUAACUGCUGCAUGGAUGCUCACAGAUGGGAAAGCAUCCAGCAGGACUUCUGUUCAGGAAUGAACAAUUGAUUGGAAGUCGUCCACCCGUCUGACGAGUGCAUUUAUGGCAUAAAUCUCAGAGAAAUGGAUUCCAUCACAGCAGAAAAUAUUUCCAGUGGUAUGACUACCUGGAAGCUUGGAAUCAAUCAGUCUUUUUCACACAACACAUCAGAAAACAGCAGCAGCUCUACUUGUAUUAUUUUGGAUGCCUGGGAUUGGUUAUAUAAAUUUCAGCCUAUGUUCCUCUGGGUCAUUUUUGUCCUAGGAGUGAUAGAGAAUGGCUUUGUCCUCAGCGUUUUGUGUUUCCACAAGAGUCGCUGCACGGUGGCUGAAAUUUACCUGGCAAAUCUGGCAGUUGCCGACUUGAUGUUAGUUUGCGGUUUACCUUUCUGGGCCAUUAAUAUCGCUAAUCAAUUUAAGUGGCCUUUUGGCACUUUCCUUUGCAAGGCUGUCAAUGCAAUCAUUUACAUGAACUUAUAUUCUAGCAUUUAUUUUUUGAUGAUGGUGAGCAUCGAUCGCUACCUGGCCCUGGUGAAAACCAUGUCUCUUGGACGUAUGCGACGAGGUACAUGUGCCAAAUGGAACAGUCUUAUCAUCUGGGUGUCUGCAUUGUUCAUAUGUUCUCCUGUUCUAGUGUUCAGGUCUGUCAGUUAUGUGGAAGAAAUCAAGGGCAGAGCCUGCAUUCUUCAUUAUCCAUCCACACACUGGACAAUUGCAACACACAUUUUGCUGAAUACUGUGGGCUUUUUGAUCCCACUCUGUGUAAUUACCUAUUGUACUAUUCAAAUAAUCAAAGCCUUACGAGACAACAAAGUACAAAGACUCACAGAAAUCCAGACUGAGAAGAGAGCCACCAUCUUGGUCCUUGCUGUCCUUUUGCUGUUUAUCAUUUGCUGGCUUCCUUUCCAGACCACCACAUUCAUUGACAUACUAAUUCAGGUUGGCAUCUUUUCUGACUGCAUUACUAAAGAGAUCAGUGACUUGGUGGCCCAGGUAGCUACAUACUGUGCUUAUAGCAACAGCUGCCUUAACCCGGUAUUGUAUGUCAUUGUAGGCAAGCAUUUCAGAAAGAAAUCCAGGGAACUCUACAAAUGCUGCCUGCCUAGGAUAUGCAACAAAUCAGAGUCCAUCCGGAUGGAGAAUUCUUUGGACACUCUGAGAACAUCCAUUUCGAUUGAACGCCCAAAGAAAAAUACUGCUUUUUCAUUAGCACGAUAGCUCAGUUUUGUUUAUUGCAAAGUUACAAGAAAACUUUUCAACAUAUCGGUGCGUAAACUGUUCUUAAUAUCCAUCUUUUAUGGCACCCCAUUGCGUGCCCUAGUUGCAUUCAUUAUGCAUGAAAGCUUGGGGAGCUGAUCUCAAUACAAAACUCCAUGUUGACACCUAUAUCUACCAGCUAAUGGACAACAUUUUUCAUGACUGAAUCACAUUUCAUGAUAUAUUUAUAUAUUCAUGGCUGAAGUAUAUUUGACACACUAUCAUUUUAAAUAUUUAUAUUGCUAAUGAAGAUAAGUGUCUGAUGUCAGAAUAUAGUUCUCUAAGUAAAGCCAUGUUAUAAUAGCUACCGUCAGUAUUAUGAAGCUAACCACAGUACCCAUACAUUUGAAAGAAUACAUUUUUAAUAAAAGGAACAUUUUCAAAUGAGACUAUAGUGAAUGGAAGGUCUUAUAGGAUCAUUAAGAUCCUAGAAUAUCAUGGUUCAAAGGGACCUCAGGAGAUCAUCUAGUCCAACCCCCUACUAAAGGCAGGACCAAUCCUCAG